AUGGGUAAUAAGGACGCGCAGCCGGAAGCGCAUAUGUUUUUAAGUGAAAGCACAAUGACUGAACAAUUUUAUACUACAAAGAAAAUGCAAAGUGAAUACUGGAAUCUCAACACCGGAGCAGUUCCAUCAGCCUUAGCUGUGGAGCCUGAGAACGGCGUUAUUAUGGUGUCUUAUAAGGAUGGAACAGAUGAGAAUUUAAGACUUUUCCGUUAUAACAGUGACAAAGGUAAAAUGCAAGAGCUUCAAUCGGUAUCUAUACCUGGUGAAAAGAUUGUGCUAUGUGAGCUCUUGGGACCAAAAUAUAUUCAGGCAAUGAAAAAACGUGAAGAUAAAAUUUGUUCUUAUCAUGAUCAACUUAUACUUACUGCCCAUGCAGACGGCGUGGUAAAUUUAAUAUCGACGUCACUAGAACUUGGAGAUGCUAAAGUUAUUAGGCGUUUCAAUCAUAAAAGAUACUUGAGGAACGAGCUUGUAGUAGGCGACGAUAAAUGCGCCUUUAAUAGUAGCGACUGUGAAAAUGAACAGGUUAAGUCUACAACUCAUAUUCGUGAGUUAAAACCUUGGUUUGGGGAGUCUACGUGUAAUAUGGGAUUUGCAUCUGUCAUAGGUGACCAUUUAUUUGUAUGCGAAUUUGCGAACAAUAGGUAUCCAAUUUUUCAGCGUCACUGUCCAGGAAUUACCGCAAUUGAUUUGAAUCCAGAAAAUGUGUCCUUGCUUGCUAUGGCAGGAGCAAAGUACGGUAAGAACGGUAUCGCAAUAUGCGAUUUUAGUAAGGGUUCGACUUCUGGAAGCUUAUUUGUUGCGGCUAACGAGCGCGUUUCCUGUGCUAGUGAAUUGACAUCUCGCGGCUGCCUAUGGUUGGACACAGGUACUCUCGUAACUGUUUCCGGUAAUAAUAUAUAG